UAUAAAGCACUUCGAGAAAACCGGUAUCAAUCACGCUACAACAGACUAAGUCUGAGAUUUCCAUUUUUGAGACUGAACAUUUGCUGCAUCUCUCACAGGACAAGGGAGUAGAUUGGCUUAAAAAUAUAGAAACAAAUGUGAAUAAAUACAAACAAGAUUUGAUUUCGUUCAAAGAGAAGAAAUUAAGCACAGUGAAGGAGGAUUACAAACAAAAAAAAGUAUAUAGAUGGUUAUUGGGGAUUGUGGAACCGAGAUCUAGACGGAUCAGCCGUAGGAACAAACCCAGCACUUUGAAUACUGUGGAUAGCUCAGGUGACUCCACUGAUUCGGAUAUAGGAGCACCCUCUACUUCCCAGUCUUUUUUAGGCACCACUCCGAGGACCCAGCUACAUACCAAUCCAGGAGAGGGGGGAGAACCAGAAGGGGCGGUAAAAAACGCAAUAGGCAGACCCCCCAGAAGGGGCAGGAGCAAAACAUAGUGAUCAACCUUUCCAAACAUAUCCUGACUAUGGGUGAGUCUAAUUUAUUGAACCACGGACUGAAAUUUGUUCCUACUAAUACCUCUGAACCAUUUGAGGUAUUUAAAGAUAUCCAUAGGUUCAAAAGACAACUAAAAUUGAAGGACCAUUUUAAAGGUAUGACUCAGGUUGAAAAAUCUCCGUUCACAAAAAAAAGUUCGUUUGAACCCCCCAAUACGGCCCAUACUAUUUCCACUUUCACGCAGCUCCUGACCAGAGACUCCAUAAAAAUACACCAGAUGACUAAGAAAGGACAUUCUAACCUUACCAGACUGGAAAAAGAGGCUAUAACAACUGUAAAGGCGGAUAGGGAUAUUAUAAUAAGACAAGCAGACAAGGGGGGUGCGAUAGUCCUUCUUGAUAAAUAUUUUUAUAUUCAGGAGAUUCUAAAUCAGCUAGGGGACCAGACUACUUAUCAAAGCUUACCAAAUGAUCCUACAUCUGCUUACAAACUUAAGUUGGACAAGGUGGUUGGGAUGGGAAUAACAGCAGGAUGGAUCACUGAGAGCACUGGUCAAUACCUUACGACCGACUUCCCUAGAACCCCAUUCAUGUACACUUUACCCAAGGUUCACAAAUCUAUGACAACACCCCCAGGCCGACCGAUAAUUUCUGCUACUGGCUCUUUGUUCCAACCAAUUGCUAAAUUUUUAGAUCACUUUUUGCAACCUUUGGUUCAGAGAAUGGAAUCAUACAUUAAAGAUACCAAACAUUUACUAAGCUUGCUGAAGGAUGUACAAAUACCGGACAAUUGCUUACUGGUAACAAUGGAUGUUUCCAGCUUAUACACGGUAAUACCCCACAGGGAGGGUAUUGCAACCUGUGAGAGAGCUUUACAAAAAUACCACCAAGGCUCCCCUCCAGUUGAUUUUUUGAUUCUCUUACUUGACAUGAUUCUUUCACAUAAUUAUUUCAUUUUUCAGAACUCUUUCUUUUUGCAAAUAUCUGGAACGGCUAUGGGCUCUAAUGUUGCUCCCUCUUUCGCUAAUCUGUAUAUGCAAGAAUAUGAAACCGAGUGGUUACUCCCCAUGGGUGGUAGCAAUAUCCUCUUCUACAAACGGUAUAUAGAUGACCUCUUGUUGAUCUGGGCAGGUUCGCCUGAUGAUUUACUGUCGUUUAAUGAGUCCCUCAAUUCCCUUGAGUCCCCUAUCAAACUUACUAUGUCAUUCGAUCCACAGGAGAUACACUAUCUUGAUGUGACCAUAUUUAAGGAAGGGAAUAAUCUAGGCACCACACUAUAUAAAAAACCCACUGACAGGAACAGUUUGAUCUAUGCUAGUUCACACCACCCACCACACAUGUCCCGAGGGGUCCUUUAUUCGCAGUUCCUGAGGGUUGUCAGGAACAAUUCUGAUCCCAGCAAGGCUGAAUUACAACUCACUGACUUGGCUGAUCAGUUUCUUUCCAGGGGCUAUUCGCCUACUCUGAUUGAGGAACAACUAAGAAGAGCUAAGAAGUGGACUCAGGAGGAUCUGCUACAGACGAAUAUGACUGUUAAACCAUCACCAGAGUUGAUUUUCACCUCCAAAUGGACUACGGAUAUCUGCCUGCAGUGCAACGAAAUUGAGCUGAAUGCCCUAGGACGGCCCCACACAGGGUUUCGGGAGACGUCUGACAGCUCCUGCAAUAGAUCAUACAAUAUUACAUUACUAUGCCGCCCCAGUAGCGUGAUUGAUACCGGUUUUCUCGAAGUGCUUUAUAAACCCCAUGCCUGACACUAUUAUACCGGAUGUCUGGGAGGCUCAUCUCUCGGUGUUAAGCGUGUGCUUUGGAUGUGCAGAUGUGGCAAGUGAGCCGUUAAAUCGGCCCGCUGUCCAGAUACACAGGCACCGCCACCAUGACCGCUUGUACGGCUUAUGAGAUUUCCCGAUGGUAGACCUCUAAUUGCGAGGUCAGUGCUUGACAGCAGGGUGGAUUUGCGCACCGGCAGAACCAACCGGCAGUAUUACUUUGGCGCUCUUCAGUGUAUCGUGCUACAUUCGUUGGCCUUUCCGGGUAACGGCUAAAAGAAUAGGCGAGAAUAAGCAGGAGUUGCCACAUCCCAUACGUCUAUGCCCGUACCUGAUAUUGGUGGCGACAUCCAUACCUACCGCUCAUGUGUCGUGAACACUGCAGGUUUGGCUCAUACUGAAGACGGGGGUUCCCUCCGCGUUUUUUGUUUGCAUUUUAACUUUUCCCACUUUAUAUUAUGUUUUAAGCUUUAUGUUCUGAAUCACAAAUUACCUAUGCACAGAGUUUGGUUAUGUGGGUCUUACCCCCCAAUGGUGUGGACGCUCUGCACUUACCUGGCGAAUCCGACCAGUGGAUGACGUCAUCUACACGAGCUUACCACUCACACGUCUCCUCACUACCUGUUUUAUUUGUGUAUUUGGCGCCUUUUUGCUACUACUAAUGUGUAUAAAUACCUGUAUGUUUUAUUGGUGCACCUUCACUUCCUGAGGACGGCUCAAGUGACUGGGCCGAAACGUUGAAUAAACGAUAUUUUUUCUUUCUCACCUAA